UUUUCUUCCUUGUGUUUCUACUCCAGAGCAGCUGAAUGCUGUUUUCUCCAGUGCUUGUUCCCCAGGAGCUGGUUUCUGCUGCUGGUGUUGGAUCUGCUGUGGGGAAUGAGCAGCUCUUCUCCCUUCUCUCAGUUGCUGUCGAAGCGGCCAGUUGCUGCCCUGUGGGGCUGCCAGCUGGACCUGGGCACCCGGAGCUGCCUGGUGAAGGAGGACGAUGACUUCCUGGAGCACUUGAUCCUGCUGAAAACGGUCUGCCUGGGGGCUGAGGCCCAGGACGAGCUGCACGUGGUGGCCGUCAAUUCCAAAAACACCUGUGGAGACAAACCAGUGCCCAUCGCAGCGCUGCGGGCCGCGGUGCUCCCCAUGAUCAGCCUCAAAGGUCUGGAGCUGGUCCCUCCCGUCACCUUCGUGCUCCAGUGCGGAGCUGGGCCGGUCUACCUCAGUGGGCAGCACAUCACCUUGGAAGAUUAUGCCAAGUCCAAAGCCCACGAGGAAGAGCUUUCAGAUGCAGAUGUAAGUGAUGAGGAUAACGAUGGAGCACCCUAG